ACGUGCUGUUUCCGUGUGUGACGGUGUGUACGUACUGCAUGCGGGCUGGUUUCAUGCUCGCUCGCUCACGAUCACGCGCGCACCGUGAGAUUGCUUUAAUCAUGGCGGCUACAAGGAGGUUAAAGAAGGAACUGGAUGACAUCAAAAAGAACAGUACACCAUGCGUUAAGACGGUGAACAUAGAUCCAUCAAGUAUUCUAAUUUGGCAGAUUCUUCUUGCACCAAGCAAUCCACCCUUUUCUAAAGCUGGAUUCAAGGUUGAUAUAGUGUACCCUGCAGAAUACCCUUUCAAGCCCCCCAGGAUAACUUUCGCAACGAAAAUCUACCACCCCAACAUUGAUGAGAAGGGUCAAGUAUGUCUGCCUAUCAUCUCUCCAGAGAACUGGAAGCCAGCUACCAAGACAGACCAAAUCAUCCAAGCCCUGGUUGCUUUAAUCCAUGAUCCUGAGCCCGACCAUCCUCUAAGGGCAGACCUAGCAGAGGAGUACACCAAGGACAAAAAGAAAUUUAUGAAAAAUGCCGAAGAACACACUAGAAAAUACGGCGAGCACCUUAAAGACUAAUAUCACUUCCUCCCUUCCCCUCUUGCCCUCCCCCCUUCCUCUCCUCCUCCCCCUCCUCCUCCUCCCCUCUCUCUACUUCAUUGGCCCUCCAUAGAAAAUAAGAAUAUGUUCCAAUCAUUGGGUGUAAACAAUAGAUAGUUGCCCUUUAUUUUAUGCAAUUUUUUUUGUCAUGUGGACAUAUAGAUAGCCUAUCAAAUUCUUCUCUCCAGAUCAUGUGAUAUAUUAACUCUUGGAGAGAAAAAACAAAAAAGAAAGGUGACCAAUGCAAGAGAAAUGAUGUAUCACCAUUUUACUAUUACAGAUAUUUUACAUAUGAUCUGAUCACACAAAUCAUUUUUGUGAAACCUUGUUGAUUGCAAAAUGUUUCAUUUGUUAGCCAUCUCUGUUUAUGAAGUUUCCCACUUACAAACUGCAAUAGAAUUAACAGUCGCAAGUGGUCUGUCCUAUUGGUAAGAGCUUGAGUGGCACACAAAUUGGAUUUACAUAGCCAGGUACAAGAACUUUGAACACUGACUGAUACAUUUUGCUUGAUUGUUUUUGUUGGAAUGGAUAAAAGAAAGACUGCACAAAAGAAUGUUAUACGGCCACAUCGAACUGAUACGAAGUGUACUAUUAUGGCCCACUAAUUUUACCAAACUCGCAACAGAUGAAAUAGUAAUUUAGGACUUACAGCAUUCAGAAAAUGAAGUGGUUUUUGGUUAGUAGUCAAUGUUUGAAAUCCUAAAACUUCAAAAGAUUCAGCAUCUGACUGAAGAAGCAAUAGCAUGUAUGUAACAUUGUUUGCAUUUGUUAUAUUCUAGGGGUACAUGUAAUGCUAGUCUAUCAUCACUUCAGUUACCCACCUCUAAUAAUGAUGGAGUUUUCACAUAUUUUGAUAUCUCUAGGAAUGUAUCAAAGUGAUAUUGAUUUUAAUGUACUGGUUAACUGGCACAUGAAUCACCCAAAACUCUUUAAAUUCUAGAAAUAAAUCUUUUUCAGCCUUGAUUGUUGUUAUUUUCCUCAAACAAACUUAAUACAAUUUUGCUCUGACAAUUUUUUACAGAAAUAUAAGGUAUUGAAUUUCUCCAAUGCUGCUAGUAAUGAUUAAAAUCGAAAUUGUACUAACUUUUUUCUUUAAGGUAAACCUUUCCUUGCAAGACAGGGAGCUAUUGGUAGAGGUAGGGUGUAUCCAUUCUAUUGGAGGUGUGUAGAUUUCUAUGAUGUUGAUUGCAGCUGUGGUCAGGAAGGAUUGUAAAGAUGUAGGAUAUUUAGACAGAUCUGGGUAUUGUUAUCUUUAAGGCCCAGAACCCUAACCCGUGUUCUACAAAAUGUUGUUCUUGGGAUCUGAGGUCUGAUUUCUCUUUUUUUAAACAUGAUAUUAGACUCGGGGUCAGGUUUAACUGAAUUGGUAGAAUACGGACCGAUAUGAUCAUACAACAUUCAAAUUUGGGGAGAAGAUUGCACGAGAUGACGAGAAACGGAGAAAGGGUACCAUUCUGCCCCAACCUUUCAGGAGAAUGGUGGCGUUGAUAUUAAACGGGAGGGAAGCUCAAUCAGCUAUUGAUGUGUAAUUCAAAUUGCCAAUUUUUCUCCAAUUUUGUUGUGGUUUGAUCCAAUGAUGUAUGAUUGGCUUCAUGAUUUGAAAAGUUAUUUACAUCAAAUACAUACACAAUUACUUAAGCAUUCAAAAUGGGUUUUGGUCAUCAAUUAAUUUGCGAUGUGUUUGUAUUAGUGUGAAAAAAAAAUAAAACUUGGAGCUCUUAUUAAAAUAAGAAAAGCAAGGGUUGAUGAUGAUUAUGUCUUAUUUUGUAUAAAAGUUUGCAAUACUGUUUAUUGUAGUGAUCGGUAGAUAUAAGAAAGUUAGUUUUUGACAGCGUAUUGCAACGGGAUGUUUAUAAUAUUGCAUUUUUUGUGGUAGCCUUAGAUCUCUCAUAUUCUUAUUUUAUCUUUUGUCUGUACUCUACCUGUAAAUUCUUAUUUCUUUUCCAUUUUGAUUUUCUCCACAGUAGAUGAUGUUUUAUUUUAAAGCUUUGCCUAAUUAAAAAAAAACAGCAGAAUUGCAUUUAUGACAUUUCAAACAAAACAAGGAAGAUACUAGAAGGUGCCAAAAAACAGAACAUGCAUAGAUUAUAACCAUCACAUUUGCUUUGAGUGUGAUUAGCAGUCUCUAACGUAUUAACACCAGGAAACCUUGUUUUUUUAAUUAGGCAAAACUUGUUAAUCUAAAGAUACUGUACUAGGAUACACUGUAGUGGGAGUCUAUGUCAGCAUCUGUCUCUUUGUGGCUAUAGUUAUCAGGAAAUAGUAUUUCAGUGAUAUGUAUUUUCUACAUUCUCUAAGAAUUAGUGAGAGAUAAAAGAGAAAGUGUAAUUUGUGUAUUUAGCAAAAUGGCAAACAGCAUGUCAUGAUAUCCAAUAAUACUGCAGUAGGCUUAGACUAUUAGAUAGCAAUGCGUUUCCCCUUCUUUUCAUUAGCCACACAUAUGUUUCAAUGUUCCAGAUGCAAAUGGUUGUCACAGAAAUGUUUGUAACUUUGUUCACAUUAGUUUGUCUGUGACCAUCUUCAUAUUGUUUUCUUCUUUACGUUGUAGAACAAUAUAGGGUCAAACUUUUGUAGUCUUUUGAUGAAGAAGAAUCAUGCAUCGAGAAUAAACUUGUAACUUCCAUCUUUGUAGUACAUGUUUCUAGUAUUUGAACUAGCCAUAUGAUAGCAUGUUACCAAACAAGUCAUAUUCUGUUUUGAGAUUCAAAUGCAAACCUAAGUUACUUACUGAAUUUUCAUUUUCUUGCAGCUGUUUAUUAGGUAAUUUUUCUGUUUAAUUUUUGCAUCAUAACAUUCUCCUUAAUAAUAUUCGAAAUAGGCCUUUAGUGAAUUGAAAUCUUUGAAAAUGCAUACUAACCUCACUAAAAUAAUAUUAUCUUUUCUACAUUCUAUGUUUGUAGUUUAAUUAUGUUCUUUUGAAAACUUAUAAGGUUUUUAUUUCAAAGUUAUAUGUCAGAUGGGGUUCAAUGUUAUAUUAGAAUAUAUGUCAAUUAUCAUUUCACGUAAGAUAGGGGAUAAUAUUUCAUUGUAUGUAAAUCUGAUAUCUAAUGAUUUGAGUAAAAGAUUGUGUGAUUAAAAAAAA